GAAAUGUAGCGGCCGCGACAGUCCACACUCGGGAAUUUUGCGUUUUUGGUCCGUUAUCGCGGCAAAAAAGCGGCGCUAUGGCUUCAGAUAAGCGGGUGUUCAGUUUGGAGGCCCCACACGGACCGGGGGGGGUUUUCUUCACAUGGCAAAAAGCAUCUGGCGGAUUCCUGGCCACGACUGGAUACAACCAGGUGGUUAACAUUUACGACCGACAUGGGAAUCUCAGAGAACAAAUCCAUUUACCUGGAGUGUGUUCGGGCUUUGGUUGGGAUAAAGAUGGUGCCCUGCUCUCCAUCAUCAAUGACAGAUCUCCACUAGUACAUGUCUGGGAUGCAAAUUCUGGCCGGGUACAACAUCUGGACUCUGGACUACGAGACACACUCACCUUCUUGGCCUGGUCUCGGACGGCUCCUCUUCUUGCUGUUGGCACUGCUAAGGGAAACCUCAUGAUCUACAACCAUCAAACAUCAAGGCGGAUCCCAGUGGUGGGUAAGCAUAGCCGUAAAAUCCAGAGUGGAUGCUGGUCAUCUGGCAACCUCCUUGCCCUUGGUGGUGAGGAUAAGAUCCUGACCAUCAGCAGUAGUGAGGGAGACACUCUGCGUACCUCUCCGCUUCGAGGCGAACCUUCCGACAUCCAGUUUUCAGAGAUGAAGCAGGACGAGAGAGCAAUGACCGAGAAUACGGUGAGCCUUAUUGUGGCUAAAAAGACCCUGUUUUUAUACAACCUCAAUGACCCAGAAAAUCCUAUUGAAUUAGCCUUUCAGAACAGAUAUGGCAGUAUUGUGUCUUACAAAUGGUAUGGUGAUGGGUAUAUUCUCCUUGGAUUCUCAGGUGGAUAUUUUGUGGUUAUAUCCACACACUUGAAAGAGAUUGGUCAGGAGCUCUUUCAGGCCAAGAAUCACCGUGAUGUUCUCACCGACAUAGCCAUAUCCACCACCCUGAGCAAGGCUGCCUCAUGCGGAGAUAAUGUUAUCAAGAUCCAUGAACUUGCUGACCUGAAGGAGACUUUUUCCGUCAUCACUCUAGAUGAUGAGAGAGGCUUAGAGUGGCUGGAGUGGUCAGAUGAUGGCCAGUUGUUAGCCGUGGCAACUCCAUCAGGAAAUAUUCAUGUGUACUUGACAAAGUUACCUGUUCUGGGAGGUGCUCAUGGAACUAGAGUGGCUUACCUCACCUCUCUGUUAGAAGUCACUGUAUCCAAUAUUGUGGAGAAAGAGCACCCAGUGACCGUGAGUGUGGAUGUGGAACCGAAUUUCCUUGGUAUUGGUCCUUAUCACCUAAUGGUGGGCAUGAACAACCGAGCUUGGAUAUAUACCCUUGGGGAAGAUACCACAAUGCUCCUUCGUGACCGAGAGUACCUGGGUACCAUAAGCUCUGUCCGGGUGAACACUGAUUACGCAUCUGUUCUUUACGAGGGCAAGAUACAGUUUCAUUUGCUGGAGGGGGAGACUGGAGAAGAUGAGGAAAGGGAAUCACGACUCUUCCCAGGGAGUGAUCAGGCAGAGAUGCAUAUCACAGACCAUGCUCUGACAGCUGAUUUCCUCAUAUAUGCUUCAGAUAAUGGGGGAAUAUAUUUCUUCUUCAUUGAGGACUGGCGCAUUGUUAGCGACUAUCGCCACACUUCAGGAAUCAAGAACAUAUAUGCUGAACCCUCUGGGCGGCGGCUUGUGUUAGUUGAUGAGAAAGGGGAAGGAUAUAUCUAUAAUCCAGUGGCAGAUGAUCUCCUUGAGAUUCCUGAGUUUCCGGGGUCCUGCAAGGGUUGCCUGUGGGAGAACUAUCCCAGUGACCGGCAUGUCUUCAUUCUUUAUGAUGAAAAACAACUGUAUACAUACAUCCUUCAUCAGGAACAUAUCAAAGGCAAUCAUGUUGAACUGGUGGGCAUGACUAAAAUUCCCCCAAGUCAAGUUCCCCUGUUGCUCUAUAAUGGGGAGGUGACUCUUCAAACUGCCUCUGGAAGGACAGCUCCUCUCAUCCUUUCAUCUCAUGAAAUGGAGGCAAACAUUCAUGACUACUCCCAUGAACAACUACGCACAGCACUCAAGAAGAAUAUUUCUCUCAGAAGAUUCAAGGAUGCAAGUGCCAUCUGCCAAGUGCUAAACAAUAAGGAAGACUGGGUGGUGCUAGGAAAGGCUUGCCUCUGGUGCAUAAAUCUGGAUCUUGCCAUACGAGUGUACCGCCAGCUGGGCGAUGUGGGAAUGGUAUGGUCACUGCAAAGCCUAAUGGAUAUUGAGGAUCCAAAGUUGUUGAGUGGACAUUUAGCAAUGUAUCUUAGUGACUUCAACACAGCUCAGGAAUUGUACCUGAGCUCCAGCACUCCUGUAGCAGCUUUGGAGAUGCGCAGAGACUUGCUUCACUGGGACCAGUCCCUUCAUCUGGCUAAGAAAUUGGCUCCAGACCAGAUCCCUUACAUCUCAAGGGAGUAUGCACAGCAGCUCGAGUUUACAGGUGACUACCCAGGAGCAUUGACACACUACGAAAGGGGAGUUGUAAAUACAGGUGGAUCAGAAGAACACAAUUCAGCGUGUAAAGCCGGCAUUGCACGAACAGCUCUUCGAUGUGGUGACAUUAGGCGUGGUGUCAAUAUUGCUGCUGAGAUGAAUUCCAGGAUGCUGAAGAAGGAAUGUGCAGAGAUUCUUGAGAAUAAAAAGCAAUAUGCAGAUGCAGCAGUAUUGUAUGAAAGUGGUAAUUACCACGAGAAAGCAGCAAGUCUGUACAUACGAUUGAAGAACUGGUCAAAGGUUGGGCAACUACUGGUGAAUAUCAAUUCACCAAAAAUGCAUCUACAGUAUGCCAAAGCCAAGGAAGCAGAUGGCCAGUACAGAGAGGCAGCCACAUAUUAUGAGUCGGCAAGAGACUAUGAGUCGGUCAUCCGCCUCCUUCUGCACAACCUCAAUUCUCCAGAAGAAGCAGUAAGGAUUGUCCGAGAGACCAAGAGUGUGGAAGGGGCCAAGAUGGUGGCCAGAUUCUUCCAAAAGUUGAAUGACUACAGUUCAGCCAUUCAAUUCCUGGUACUCUCCAAGUGCACGGACGAGGCAUUCCAGCUGGCACGCACGCAUGGGAAGAUGGAGCUGUAUGCAGACAUCUUAGGCUCAGAUGCCACACCAGAAGACUACAAGAGUGUGGCACUUCAUUUUGAUAAUGAACGCAACCACUUCUUGGCUGGGAAGUUUUACUAUUUGUCUGGAAAUUAUCCAAAGGCAGUGAAACAUCUGAUAAGGGCAGCUCAAAGUUCAGGAAGCGAGGACACAGAUAGCAUUCAGCUUGCCAUCGACGUGAUUGCAGCAGCGAAUGAUGAUGGGUUGACACGACAACUGAUCGACUUUUUGAUGGGAGAGAUUGAUGGGAUCCCAAAAGAUGCCAAGUUCCUUUUCCGACUGUAUAUGGCCAAGAAGCAGUACAAAGAAGCAGCUAAAACCGCUAUCAUCAUUGCAAGGGAGGAACAGAAUUCAGGCAAUUAUCGCCAUGCUCAUGAUGUGCUCUUCGGGAUGUACGGAGAACUUAGGCGACAGAAACUGAAGAUUCCUGCUGACAUGAGGUCGGCUCUGUUGCUGCUGCAUUCCUAUACUUUAGCCAGGCUUCAUGUCCGUCGGGGAGACCAUCUUAAGGCAGCCAGGAUGCUCAUUAGAGUGGCCAACCACAUUUCUAAAUUCCCUGCUCACAUGGUCCCUAUUUUGACAUCUACUGUCAUUGAAUGCCAGAGAUCAGGGCUGAAAAACUCGUCGUUCAACUUUGCUGCCAUGCUGAUGCGACCUGAAACACGAGGGCAGAUUGACGAGAAGUACAAGAAGAAGAUUGAGGCCAUUGUGCGAAAACCUCAGCGUUCGGAGGAAGAUGAGCCCAGUUCUCCAUGCCCAUACUGCUCAAGCCCUGUGGAAGAGACAGUACUGGAGUGUGGGCAGUGUCAGAACACACUGCCAUACUGCAUUGCCACGGGACGACACGUGCUAUCGGACGACAUCACAUUCUGCCCAAAUUGCAAGUUCCCGGCUAUCAGGACGGAACUCCUGAAAAUGGCAGAGGAUGGGGAGGACUGUCCUAUGUGCAGUGCAGGGCUAGAAUUGGAUAAACUUGCAAUUGCUAGCAACUGGAAGUCUAUUGUUGAUGCAGAAAGUGAAGAUUAAAUUGCAGUUCAUACUUACAGAUGAAAUAUACAUAUAUAAGUAUGUAUGUGCACACACAUAUUUUGCAUGUAUACAUGCAUGCAGACACACACACACACACACACACACACACACACACACACACACACACACACACACACACACACACACACACACACACACACACACACACACACACACACGUUGGUGGGCGUGCACAAAUUAGGCACAGCAAAUAUUAGUUGAUUUCCGUCCAGGAUUUUUAUACAUUUAAUUGAUCUGUUAAAAUGUGAUACAGAAUAUUUUAACUCUUUUCACUACACUAAGAUUAAAAGGUAUUUGUAUGUUUGAUCUAAAAAUAUAUAUAUAUGAAAUAACAAAUAGAAUUAUCACUGUGGAAGUAAAGCAAGUAAGAAACCGUAUAAUUUGAAAAAUCAUAUUUAUUAAUUACUGCACAAGGAGGCAUGCGGUUGGGUCAUAACUUCUUUGUCACAGACGUAACUUGUAAUACACGUUCCUGGAAGCACGAGGUCACAGGAGGCAGGUGAUGACAUUAUUAUGAUAAUUUCCAUGUAUCAGAUAUAACUUAAUUGUGUGCUUUCAGAAAUGUACAUUAAAUUCUAUAAGAUAAUGUUCAAUACAUGGAAAAAAAAGAAAAAUCAAAGAGGACUUAAUAUUUAAAAUGACUCUUGACCUCUAAGAAGGAAUUAAUAAUUUUAUUUAAUCUUACAUAUACAUUUUUUACUUUGUAUUAGAGAUUAGUAUUUUAAAAUGUCUUAUAUACACAUUAUUAAUAACGUAAAUGUAUACCAUUGCUUGUGCAUGCGUUUGUCACUCUUAUUUAUUUUUGUAUUUAUUUUUUAAACAGUGAAGCUUUCAUAUUAUACAGGGUGCUGCUCAUGUUGUAAAAUCAGAACAUAUGAAAUGUUUAUUAACCACUAUUGAUGAGAGUAAAUUAGUUUCUGUGAGUUCACUUUCAUUAAGUGAUCUUGAGUUCCUUAUUAUGGGAUGAAAUAUGUUACUUUUAAACACAUGUGAUAAUGCAUGCUAGUCAUAACAGUUGUAUACUGUGCUAGUCAUAACACAGCCAUAGUAGAUGUAAUGUUUAGUACAAAGGAAUAAAGUUUGUAAUAUUUUAAAAUGACUUCUUUUUUUUAUUAUUGUUAUUAUUAUUUUUGGUUAGAAGCACAGGUACUUUGUGGAUAUCAAAGAAUGUGAUAUAUAUUGGUAUACAGCACAGCAUUAUGUGAUACUGAUUAUAAUUCCACAAAUAUAGCACUACAGGCUGCAAAAUAAACUAUUACCACAA